CAACCCCGCGGACUGCGAAGCGACCAAAAUAAGGGUGCCAACAUGCAGUUAUAGUUGAGGUAGACGAUUCUCCGAGCAGUAGCUUGCGAGGGCUGCAGGCAGCAUUAUACAGUACAAUGUACAUUCGUGUAGCGCAAAGGUGGGAAACUGUCCCCAUUGCACAGGGCUACCGGUAGAAACUACGGUGCUCUGAUGAGUAGUAGCUCAAGCGUCCUGGUCCUGAGUCCUGAGCAGGAUGGUCCAACCGCAGCUGCACUUCUUCGUCAAUUGAGUUGCAUUGCAUUGCACGGAGCUACAGAACAUACCGGUAGCUAGAUCAAGAAUCCCGGAGGGACAACAUGGACCGGUAAUGAGAUAAUCCAAAAGAUUACUCUUUACUGAGCAGGAUGGUUAUCUAUCCUCCGAGGAUCCAACCACAGCACUCCUGUCAAUUGAGGUUGCGUUUCUGCACAUCUUUCUCACAAUUUUCGAAACGAAGAUUACUAAACAACGGCAAAAAUACAAAGAAGAGAAAGAAAGAAUGAAGAUCAUUUUGGCGGCUGCGGGCUUCCUCGUCGCUAGUGUGGCUGGAGACGGUAUAAGAGGAGGUGUGUCAGAUGAAAUUUCGGUGUGGGGCGAUCAUGGCGGCAAAAAAGGUGUUGGCGUGAUUGACCAUGGAACCCAUGGUGCGGAGGAAGAAGAUGGAGGAGAGGAUGACGUGGUGUUUGCAGUCCCUUGGGAUGAUGACAUUGACUUUGACGAGGAGAAGUAUCUCUCAGCGGGCGACAAUGCCUUGCCCUGGGUUGUGGAUGGUGUCGGAUUCUCCAGCGUUGAUGAGUAUCUCGAGUAUGCCCAUGGGCGUCGUGUUACCGAUCAUCCCUACUUUCGCAGAAUGUUGGAUGAAAACGGUGAUCCCGUGGCACCGAGCAACAAAGACUUUACAGAACUUUUGGUGGCGGAGCUUGAGUAUCAGAGGGCGGUGAACGGGACGGUCGAUUCCUUGGAAGCCAUGGCCAGUGUUGCCCAACAAAUCGUCUUCAAGGCAAUCGAGGCUGACGAAACGGGCGACAAUCGUACUGAGUGGAUCAUGGAACACUUGACUAUCUCCGAGCAGGGAACCCCUGAGGCUCUGGAGAUGGCAAAGAUCAUUGCCGAGAACGCGAACCACACAGCUUGUGAAAUCCCCGGAGAGUGCGUCACCCAAGCGCGGCUCAAAAUUGUCAAGAACUGGAUUGAAGACUACCUAAACAACUGCAUCCAAACUGGAACAGAGCUUGAUCUCGAUUACAUGUACCAGCGUCUCUUUGCCGAAACGGAUGUGGAUCCGCAGAGUGCCGAUGAAUUGAUCCAGUCCUCUCCUGCUAUCCGUGAUCAAAUCGACUACAUGAUACAGGAAGCAGACAUUGCCGCGAGAGAAAAUGAAUUGGCUCCUCGGGCGGAGUUGGUCGAGAAGGCCCUCAUUGAUGCUGGGAACAACAUGACCGACUUUGAAGACGCUUUGGAAGAGAUUGGCUUUUCGGAAGAAGAAGUCUCUGUCUUGUUGCGAUCUCUAGCACCAGAACGCCUUGCAAAAGUUGAGGAGGCUAUUCGCAAGCCCAAGGAAGACUAUGAAGCUCAAGUUUUGAACUUGCAUUUUUAA